AUGUUGAAGCCCAACCGAAGCUUCAUUUCAUCCUUCUUCCACGGCGUUUCAUCGGCCGGAGGCCUUCGAGUUCCCGGCGUCACCAUCCCAUCCGCCAGUGUUCCUUUCUGUAGACUGAGGAAUUGUUCGUAUUCAUCCACGAGGUGUUACUCUAAUCAGUCGCAGAUGGAGCCGGAGAAUUAUAAAUUUGGACCUUACAAAAUUGACAACAAAGAAGUGUUCUUAUGCACUCAUCUUUCAUAUGCAAUGGUCAUAUCCUUUUCCCUGCGCUUUGCACGUGAAGUGAAACGGUUCACUGAUCUCACUGCCGAUGAGACUGCUGACUUAUGGCUCACUGCACAAAAAGUUGGACGACAGCUUGAGUCCUUUCACUCGGCAUCUUCAAUCACUUUUGCUAUUCAAGAUGGUCCUCAAGCUGGACAGACAGUUCCUCAUGUGCAUAUUCACAUCAUCCCGCGUAGAAGUGGCGACUUUGAGAAAAAUGAUGAGAUUUAUGAUGCUUUAGAUGUGAAGGAGAAGGAAUUGAAUCAGAAGCUUGAUUUGGAUAAAGAUAGGAAGGACAGGAGCAUGGAGGAGAUGGCCGAAGAAGCAGAACACUACAGAAAGCUUUUCGCCUAG